AUGCGUAUUUCUAGCGUAUUCGUGCGCAGCGCCACGAAUAACCCGUCGACGCGGUUGGAGCACAGCAGCACCGUCGAUUGUGUGUACAUACAUGCAGUUGUCCGCACGAAACAUCUCGCCGCUAGCUUCGGAGUAUUUUGUGAAUUUUGUGUUGUUUUUCCUCGUGAAAUUUUCAUCGGAAGUCAUUGCGAGGAGGCCGUAAUCCCCUCUUUGAACAGUUUUGUUACUACUCCCGUAUCCCCCCCGUUUAUUUUUCAUUCGUCGCUUUGCAGGUCACCGAGGAGAAGGCGGCUCAUCUGGCGCAUGGACACCGACCGGAGCGAUGUACCUGUCGCGGAGGAAACGCGAGCAUCGCUAUCAACGCUAUCGACGACGUCCCAAGACGCGUAAUGCGUAG